GCUUCACCUUCCGGGCAUUUCCCUCGCUGACAGAGGCCGGCUGCCCGAUUUUCUUCAGUAUGACCACGGGUUUGACAGUGUCAGUGGUCACUCACAAAAUAGCAAAGGUUUUCUUUUGACUCCAGGUGUAUUUCCACACUUGUAAGAGUUAAAUUGCUUAUGUCUUCAAGCUAUCCCUCUGGCUAGAGAGAUGGCAGACUCUGAAAUGGAUAUGCUCACACCGUCAGGGAGAAGCUGGCAGUCGUGAGAUGACUGGAAGAUCCUUCCUCUUUUAUUUUUUAUGUCUCAAGAACAGGAAACAAAGAAAUGAAGAUGCUCUCGGGGCAGAGCUCUGAGUUCCAGUGACUCCACUCUGGCAGCGGGACACGUCCCUGCAAGGAGGACAGGACCCAGGGAGAGCCAUGUCUUACUGGGGAUGGAUGUUUCUUUGGCUUGUCAUAGGAGAGAGGAGUAAAGGAUUUAAUAUUUCAGGUUGCUCCACCAAACGUUUUCUUUGGACGUAUUCUGCAAAGGCUGAGGACGAGUUUGUCCUACUCUGUGACCUACCAGGGCCGAAGCAAUCCCAUGUCCCUGAACGCCUGCCCUGCAGUGGUAUUAAGGACCUGUCUGAUGUCCAGUGGUACCUACAACCCCAGAAUGAAGAUACAUUACGAGAAAUUACUAAAAACUAUUCCCACAUCCUUCUGAACAAGACUACCCUACGUUUUUUGACCGCAGAGAUGAACAAUGCUGGGUCAUAUAUUUGUAGACCCAGGGCUAGGAGCCCCAGCGAUGAGGCCUGCUGUGUCAGGAUGGACUUGGCCGUUGAGCCCAGGACGGACACCUGCGUGCACCCUGUGCCACGAACGCAAUUCCUCACUCUUGGCACCACUGACUCGAUUUACUGCCCCAGCCUCGGCUGCCACAGUGACGCGCAGAGUGCAGAGGUGACCUGGUACCGGAAUGGACAACUAGUCUCUGAAAAAGGGAGCAACCCAAUGCAGCUGGAUGAAAUCUAUGACUUUCACGAGGGCACGUACAUCUGCGACCACACUCGGUCAGAUAACACAAGUGCAUGGACCGUCAGGGCUGUUGUGCAAGUGAGAACCAUCGUGAAAAACACCACGCUCCAGCCCGACAUUCUCAGACCCGACAAGGACACGCUGGAGGCAGAGCUUGGAAAGCCUUUGACUAUUCACUGCAAAGCACGAUUUGGCUUCGAAAAGGACUUUAAACCGGUGAUAAGAUGGUACAGCAAAGAUUCUGACCAGAAGUUGGAAAUCCUAACAGCGGAGGGGAGAAGUGUACAAGACACCGUCGAGAACAAAGACAUUGAGUGUGUUCUCCACUUGAAGGAAGUGACUCGGAGUGAUCUUCACAAGACGUUCAUCUGCUUUGCCCAGAAUUCCAUUGGGAACACGACUCGGUCCAUCCACCUGAAGGAAAAGAAAGGAGUGCUGUUCCUCUACGUCCUGCUGGGCACCGUCGCGACGCUCGUGGGCAUGCUGGCGGCGGGCGCUGCCCUCUUCACCUACCGGACCGAGAUAGCGCUGCUGUGCCGCGCCUGCAGGAGGAGCAAGGACGAGGCGCUGGGCGGUGGAAAGGAAUUCGAUGCUUUCAUUUCCUACGCAAAGUGGGGCUCUUUCGAGAGUGAGACUGCUUCACCUGUGAGUGAGGAGGACCUUGCCCUGAACCUGUUCCCGGAGGUUUUGGAAAACAAAUAUGGAUACACCUUGUGUUUGCUCGAAAGAGACGUGUCCCCAGGAGGAGUGUACACAGAAGACAUUGUGCGCAUUCUUAAGAAAAGUAGAAGAGGAAUAUUUAUCUUAAGCCCCAGCUACGUCAAUGGGCCCAGUGUCUUCGAGCUCCAAGCCGCAGUGAACCUUGCCUUGCAGGACCGAACUCUGAAACUCAUUUUAGUUCAGUUCCGUUCCUUCCAAGAGCCAGAAUCUCUGCCUCAUUUGGUGAUGAAAGCGCUCCGGGCUCUGCCCACAGUCACCUGGAGAGGCUUGAGGUCGGUGCCCCCCAGUUCCAGGUUCUGGGCUCAGAUACGCUACCACAUGCCUGAAAACUCGGAAGGAUUCACGUGGAACCAUCUCAAAGUUACCUCGAGAACAUUCUUACUGGAAAGACUCAGUAAAACAGAAACCACUGGGAGGAGCUCCCAGCCCAGGGAAUGAGCACAGGAGCCCCGAACUUCCCUGCAGUUCUGGCGAGCUGACAUGGUGACAGACAGAACACAGCACGGUCACUGACCUGAAGUGGAAGGGGUUCUGCCAGCCCUGGGCGGGCGCGGCAGGCCUGGUCCAACCCUGAGCUGUGGCUAGGGCUCCGCUCCUGGCCUCACAGAGGGAGAUGGAGCUCUCUGAGACCCCCACACUCAGCACACAGCCCCCGAGGUUCCUUAGGGUCAGCACACAGCCCCCGAGAUUCCUUAGGGUCAGCACACAGCUCCCUGAGAUUCCUUAGGGUCAGCACACAGCUCCCUGAGAUUCCUUAGGGUCAGCACACAGCUCCCUGAGAUUCCUUAGGGUCAGCACACAGCUCCCUGAGAUUCCUUAGGGUCAGCACACAGCUCCCGAGAUUCCUUAGGGUCAGCACACAGCCCCCGAGAUUCCUUAGGGUCAGCACACAGCUCCCGAGAUUCCUUAGGGUCAGCACACAGCUCCCGAGACUCCUUAGGGUCAGCACACAGCUCCCGAGAUUCCUUAGGGUCAAGCACACAGCUCCCUGAGAUUCCUUAGGGUCAGCACACAGCUCCCUGAGAUUCCUUAGGGUCAGCACACAGCUCCCGAGAUUCCUUAGGGUCAGCACACAGCUCCCGAGACUCUUAGGGUCAGCACACAGCUCCCGAGACUCCUUAGGGUCAGCACACAGCUCCCUGAGAUUCCUUAGGGUCAGCACACAGCUCCCGAGAUUCCUUAGGGUCAGCACACAGCUCCCGAGAUUCCUUAGGGUCAGCACACAGCUCCCGAGAUUCCUUGGGGUCAGUACACAGCUCCCUGAGAUUCCUUAGGGUCAGCACAUAGCUCCCUGAGAUUCCUUGGGGUCAGUACACAGCUCCCUGAGAUUCCUUAGGUCAACAGAAUCGGCAGAUGUGUCCACUUUUACUUUGUGGCCAUGGACGCUUAGGUCUACUAUGAUAUAAAUGUAUAUACAUUUACAAUAAAAUAAAUAUUGUUUUAUCAGAAACAAGUGGUGUAAACAUUACUAAAAGCUUCUCUAUAAAGAAGAUCAGUGUUUGAUCUUCUAACUGGAUCAGAGGGCAAGUUGGCGAGGCAGACCAGGGAAGAAGGAGCAGGGAUGGCCACGGCCAGGCCUCACGUGUCCUUGUGGGAAGUGACCCUCUGGGCAGACAAACUGGGCUGCUGCAGCCCUGUGCCAGGGCUGGGGAGCAGAGCAGGAAUAUUGUCAACUUCUCCUUGUCCCCUGGGUCUUUGUGC